CGAGACCAUCGCGUAAGAUGCUGCUAGAAAUCAUCGAUAAACUUUUCGCGUUGAUUUUCACCAUGUUUUUCCGCAUCCCCGCGUUUUUCCGCCUGACAUCGACCCAUCCAGGCGGCAAAAUGUUCCCGUAUCUGGUCGAAGAGAGGGAAUGCGAGGACCCGAACAGGGGCCAGUCCUGCGACAUUUACGACGAUUUCAAGGAUAACGACAGGGAGCGAGACUACUACAAUCUCGACGAUACCGAUUACAUUCAAAAUUCCAUGUCACCGGCGCCUGUGAGUCCUCCUAAAUCGCCCAACUCGAGGAAAACCCAGAAACUCAAGAACGAUGUCUUCGACUACAAAUCGAACGCCGCAAAAAAGGUAGACAUGAUAGCCCAAAGGAGAGACGAACGUCGACAAAGACAAGCCGACGAAAAAGCCCUAAGGGACCAAAUCCAUCACAUGGAACAGCACGAUCCCCAUUACGAAUUCAGGCAAAUGAUCAACGAAUACAGGAGCGGCAUCGAAUUCAAACCGCUCAAAGAAACCGAUCCCAUCGUAGAAAACCAGAUAACAGUAUGCGUACGAAAGCGACCUCUAAACGACAGAGAGUUCAACAGGAAAGAGGUGGACGUGAUAUCGAUAGCGAAGCGGAACCAAGUGAUCGUACACGAACCCAAGCAUAAGGUCGAUCUGACCAAGUACCUGGAGAACCAGCUGUUUCGAUUCGACUACGUCUUCGACGACACUUGCACCAACGAAUUGGUGUACAAAUUCACCGCCAGGCCUCUGGUGAAGACCAUCUUCGAAGGCGGCAUGGCCACUUGCUUCGCCUACGGCCAAACCGGUUCCGGAAAAACCCACACAAUGGGCGGGGAAUUCAAAGGUAAAUCGCAGAACUUCAAGAGCGGCAUUUACGGCCUGGUGGCGCAGGACGUGUUCAGGUUCCUGACGCAUCCCAAGUACUCUCGCAUGAAGUUUAUGAUAUCGGUGAGCUUCUUCGAGAUCUACGGCAAGCUGGUGUUCGAUUUGCUGGCCAGGAAGGAGCGAUUGCGCGUCCUGGAGGACGGCAAACAGCAGGUCCAAGUCGUCGGGUUAACCGAAAAAGUCGUCUUAACCGUGGAGCAUAUCAUGGAUCUGAUACAAAGAGGAAGUACUGAAAGGACGUCGGGUCAAACGUCUGCGAAUUCCAAUUCUUCCAGAUCGCACGCCGUGUUCCAGAUAGCCCUGCGGAAAGCGGGUUCGAAGCACAUUUACGGGAAAUUCUCGCUGAUCGAUUUGGCGGGCAACGAACGGGGCGCCGAUAACAACAAAUCCAAUCGGCAAACACAAAUCGAAGGGGCCGAUAUCAAUCGAAGUCUGUUGGCUUUGAAGGAGUGCAUAAGGGCGUUGGGCAGAAAGAACGCCCAUUUACCUUUCAGGGGCAGCAAACUGACGCAAAUAUUGAGGGAUUCCUUCAUCGGCGAAAAUUCCAGGACUUGCAUGAUCGCUCUGAUAUCGCCCGGAAAUUUUUCGGUCGAUCACACGUUGAAUACUUUAAGAUACGCCGAUCGGGUGAAAGAAUUGAUUGCGGUGGAUCACGGGAUCGACGACGGCCCGUCGACGAUACAAGAGGACGAGGACUACGAGGAGGCCAACGAAGAGGGUAACGAGAACGAAGGAGACGCGGAGGACUACGAGAUGAAGGAGGAGGAACGACGGAUGCACCUUUCGUCGUUGGAAUGGGAAUUGAGGGAGAAUCAACGGUCGGUGAUUCAGAGUUGCGUGGAUUUCCACGAUACCGCGUGCGAUUUGUACAAUUCUGCCGAUGUUAAUGGGUACGAUAAGGUGCAUUACGCCAAGAAGUGGAGGAAUUUGUUGAGUGAAAUCGUCGACAUCCAGAAGGUGGCUCUUAUUAAGGCUCAGGAAUUUUGUAACGCGCUUGAUCAAUAUUGAGUAUUUAUUUCAUUUUUUUUUAUUUGGAAGGUUCCAAUUAAAAUAUUACUUUUUUUUCUAUUUAUGCAUAUACUGAUUUUUAUGUGAAAAUAUAAUCAAAUUCAAAAUUCAA